AUGCAAUUAAAAAUAUUGCUUUUAUUGGUAUUAACCAAUAAUAUUAUUGACUAUUGUUUUGGAAAUUUUAAUUCCAAAAUAAUUUUAAAUAUUUCAAAUGAAUGGAAGACUGACAUUAAUCUUAAAUAUUUAAAUGGAAUAAAUGAUUCUGAACGGUUUAAAUUUUCUCUUUUAAAAAAUGGGGUAGAAAUUAAUGGAAAUGGAAAUGGAGAAAUAUUAUUAGAAGAGGAUUUAGGAAAAUUAAUAAAAGAAAUUAAGGACAAACAAAUAGAACAUAUAAUAAAAGUGAAAGGGGAAUUUAUAAAUGAUGAAGAUACAAUAAUUAAAGACUUUAUUGCCGUUAAUUAUCUUUCUCUCUCAUCAAAUAAUUCAUUAAUUUUUACAAUAAAUAUUGUUGAGAAACUUUUUGGUGUAAAUAACAAUAGAAUAUUUUUUGAAUUUGAAAAAAAUUUAAAAUUGGAAAAUAUUUAUGAAAAUAAAGCAAAUGAUUGUUUGAAAAGGAUAAAAGAAUCACAAAAUAGAGCAAUGGAAAUUUUUAAAAAGCUUGAAAGAUUGAAUAAUGAAGGUAUAAAUGUUUUUUGAAUUUUGAGAAAUUUAGAAUUUAUGUCUCCGCCGUCG